UUUUUUGGCUUUGGCGGUGCUCUUGCCUCUGCUGGAGAGCAUUUGCAGUUUUACAAACUCCUGGAUGCAGCAGAAGCCCUGUGUGAAGAAGCCUGCGUUACGUGUGCACUAAAAGCACUGCGUGAAAACAAGCACACGGAUCACAACAACAACUGGGUAAAAAAUGUGGAAGGUCAACAAAAGCAAAGUACUGAUAGACGAUACUUCGGAGGAUGAUAAUAAUACAUUGCAGCAAGAGACAUGUAAGAAUAAAGACCCAGCAGUUGAAGAGGAAAUCACAAGUCCUGUUUCACAGCUUGCUUCAAAGGUUCAGGGUGCAGGUUUUAGGGGUUGGAAGGAAAUGACCUCCUUGUUCAAUAAAGAUGAUGAACACCAGUUGUUGACGGAAAGUAAACCAGCAAAAGGAAAAGGGCAAGGGACAAAAAAGUGUAAAGAUGAAGUAAAAAGUGAAAGGCGUUCUAGUUUCUGGGACAGUGUGGGUAUAAAACAAAUAUCGCCUACCAAGAAACCAGAUGAGAAUGAAGGGUGGGAACCUCCACUCGUAACUGAAGAGGACACUGCUAAAGACAAUUGUAGCAAUUUAAAUGACUCUGCUUCCUGGCCUGGGUGGGAGGAUGAAACAAGAGCUUCUUCUAAAUACACAAACUUGGCUGCAUCAGGAAACCCUGGCUCUAGGUGGAGUAUAAAAUCAGCGGGGAAGCUGGUUAGCAUGAGAAGACGAAGCAAAGGAAAUCUUGCUGACAACUGGGAAGAACUAGAAUAAACUACUGCUGAUUUUAGAAUUCAUAUUUCAACACCUGCCAAUGUUUUUUUUUUUUUUUUUUAACCACAAUUUCUAUGGAUAGAGCAAGGUUCACCUUUGGUUGUAGAUUUGAUAUAGGAAGUGUUGUUGCAAGCUUCAAGAGAACAGAUAUAUGCAGAAUUCAAUAAAUGCCUUAUAUGCUUUUAAGUACUGUAUUUCAGUGUUACUAGUUUUAAGCAAUAUUAUAAGUGAAAUUGCUGUAGAGUGAAUAUGUAUAUUUGAUCAUGCAUAUUUGCCACUGUGGAAAUACUUGCUUAAAGUGUGUGGAAAUGAACGUUUUGGGUAAACACACACACACACCUAAUACUGUAAACUUUAUAGUGCUUGUUUUCAUUUAUGACCUAUUGCCUUAACUAAUUUCAAUUUAAAAUUAUAAUUUUGGUUAUUUUAUUUAAAAGUAAACUUGAUUUUUCUCUUGCCUUUAUAGUAAUGAAUUUUAAAUAAAAUAUUUUUAAGGGUAAAUGCCAUUGCUGUGGGGUUAGAGGUAAUAAUCAGUAAAGCAAUGCCGUUAUCACUAUUAUGCUACAGUGUUUUAAAGUUAUUUAUUUACCUUUGUUUAUCUGAAAUAAUGAUUGUAGUCCACUGAAAGUGUUUUUUGCGAGAAGUGCUCAAAUAAUCAGGGAUGAGCAUUUCGUCAGUAAAUGGUGGUUUUAUACAGGUGUCGUUAAUUAGUGUCACCAUCUCAUCCCUCAGCCGUGUUUUAUUUGUCGUCUGUUUUUGAGAAAUAACAGAACAGCUGACUUCCAUAGAAGACAAUGGGAGAGUAGCGUCCGGUUGUUGUGCAAUUAGAUAAUACAAAACUAAUAUAGCUGCCCACUGGCUCUGGUGCAUACUGUCAUUCCUGCUAUGAGUUUGUUGUAUUACAUGCCCCAUUGGAUAAGAUGCCUUGUUUAAGCAACACCAGUGCUGGAUCUUUCCACAGUCUUCCAUUGCAUGCUUUACAUACUGUAGCAACAAGCGGCAAUGUAGUGCUAACUUACCUUGGAGAAAGAAAGAUGAGUUUGCAGGUAUCUCAAAUUGAAAGAUGUGGUAGUGAAAAGUUAAAAUCCACUGCUAGUAGACAUUUAGCCGACUAUUUCAAUCAAUAAUGCACUUGUUUACAUGCUGCUCAACAAAACAUGUUAAGAAAAAAACAAAAAAAAUCUCUUUCUGUAAUUGAAUAGAAAAGCAGAGUUGUUUUUACUGCAAUGCCUUUCCCUCUAAUCUCUUAAUUUUCUCAGGUUGUACCAACAAUAAAUCUGAUUAAAAGGA